UCCAACCUUUCUAUAUAAAAACAUCAAUCAAAUAUUAAAAGUAUUCUUAUUAUUCAUCUUAUCGUUUUGGAAACAUCCACAUCAAUCCAAAAAAAAAAAAAUGAAAACAUUAUUGUUUAUCGGAUUUUUUUUGUUAGGAACGAUGAUUAUCGUACGAACCGAAGAAAGUGAUAACAAAAAUGUUGAUGCUGCUAAAUCCAACAAUGACCAUCAUAAUGAUGAUCAUAAUUCGACACAUACAAACACCAAACCUAAAUCAAUAUCUAAAAGAUCAUUAAGAUCACGUAUACGUCUAGUUAGAAAGUUGGCAGCAAAUUUUUUAUCUCUUCGUUCUGGUAAACUAUAUGCAGUAUUAAAAUUUCUUCAUUGUUUACAUAUUAAAGUAUUGGAAGAUUGUCAUGAUCAAUUAUUGGAUUGUUUACGAUCAGAAGAACCAAAAAUUUGUCUACAAACUGCAACAUGUACUGCACCUUUAGUUGCAAAAUGUUUACAUAUUUUACCUGAUCAUUCUCCUUAUCCUUAUGUUUAAUGAACCUCUUGAACUAGAUAAUGAUGAUGAUGAUAAAAAUA